AUGUUCGGCCCCGACGUUGCGAAGGAUGAGCAGGUCGUCCCCGACCUCGUCAUCUUCCUCAAUCCCAUCCCCAACAUCCACGCCAUACGAGAGUGCGCUCUCGAGCAUGUACCUACCAUCGGUAUCGUCGACUCGAACGUCGACCCUCGGGUUGUCAUGUACCCCAUUCCGGCCAACGACGAGAGCACACGGACAGCAGAGCUCAUCGCGGGACUUCUCAGCGUAGCGGGUCGAGAAGGUGUCGCGCUCUACGAGGAGGAGCAGGCAAAGGCUGCACUUGUGGCAGCCAAGAAGGGGCCACGGCACAGGGAGCCACACUCAGCAUAG